AUGGGCCCACAACUGUCAAAAAUCAAUUUGAAAAUUAUUGAAUUGACUAAAGCAGAAGAUGUGACGCUCAAUUCUGAUACGAUCGUAUCCAAUAAUGGUAAAGAAGAUAUCAAUUUAUUCUUAACGAUUAAAAAUGUUACUGAUACAAGAACAAGCUCAAUUCUAUUAGACAAUGGUGGUCAUCGAGUGUUGAACUCUGAAAACAAAUUAAUAAAACAAAUUCAAAAUAAUCUAUCAUUAUUAAUAAAUACAACCGAACAGACAACAAUCAACACUGAAAUUGAUAAUAUACUUAUGAAAGACAUUUUGGCGUUCGUUACUAAUCAUUACCAAAGCGCAAUGAAAGACAUUCAGGAUAUUUUGAAAACCCAACAACGAUUACAAGGAGCUUUAAAGGAAAAAUUGGAAAUGGAUAAAAAUGUCGAUAGAUCUGUUUUUGCGGAACCAUAUGCUGUUCCAUAUGCAGUGAAAAAGAAACAAGUAGCCUUUGUGACCACUACUCGUGAGCAACAAAAGAAUGAAUUUCAAUUUCAAAAGUUGUCAUUCUUUGGUUUACAAACGUUAACAUCGAUAUUGUUAAUGCUGAUCAGAUCUGCUGAAAAGAAUGAUCCUAGAAUUGUUGAUCAAAUUUUGAGACUAGCAAGUGAAUUGUGUGAACAAAUUCCAGUAAAAUGCUUGUCGUCAUCCGUAUUAUCACCAGCUAUAAAUAAUCUAUUAUGCAAAUCGUUGAAACCAUUGACAAUUUAUAUAAAUGAAUUAUAUUUAUCAGAAGAUCAAAUUGUGGCAAAACACGCUGUUAAAAUUCUGUUAAGUAUCUCAAUUGCAAAAGCAUCACUGAAAGAUAUUCUACCUAUAUUGUACAAGUUAAUAUUCAACAAAGAUGAUGUUUAUGAUAUACGAGGUCUGCUGCUACAAAUGAACGAUGGUUUAAUAGAAACUAUCACUGAAAUGGAAGAAAGCAUGCGUAAGGUAUUCAAUGGAAAAGCAAGUGUCUUGACGCUAGAUACAGACUCCAGUGAAGAUGAAAGUGAAAGUGAAAGUGAAAGUGAAAAUGAAGAUGAAGAUGAAAAUCGUGAUGAAAGUGAAGAUGAAGAUGACGCCUCGUAUAACGAACGAGAGCACGAUGAUAAUACAGCAUUUAACGACACAGAAGGUCAGAAUAUUGUUUCAUGA